CCAGGAUAAAUAUAAGAUAAAUAUAUUAACUAGCAUCUAGCACCUGAGGCAUCUAGUACUCGAAGAAUCAUUCCUACAGCCAUCGGUCAGCAAAUAGAUCAGAUGGUGACUUAGGUACCUAACCUGAACAUGGGCAGCAACCAUUCCAUGUAUGUAUUGUAAUGGUGCCAUGCUCUGGUGGGGUUGUUCUUAAGGGGCUCCGUCAUAUGAUAAACACUAUGAACGACCUCUUUAAAUUGACAACUGGUGGAAGGGUUUACUGUUGUUAAUCUACUUAUCACUCUCCCUCGAGUUCUAUAGGCGACAGUUUACAUCUAUUGAACUGUGCGACAUGUCUUCCAAGUCACAUUCCGGGGUCCUCCAUCAAUAUGCCCCUAAGCUAGUCGCGUUUGAGUUCGCUUCAUCUUCUUCGGACGCGAAGAAACCAAACAGUCUUCUCUUCAUCGGAGGUCUGACGGAUGGGCUCUGUACGGUUCCGUACGUGGAGCAUCUCGCCAAGGCGCUGGAGGAUACGGACUGGUCUGUUUUUUCGGUGCUCUUGUCAACCUCUUAUAAAGGAUGGGGUGUCGGAAGCUUAGACAAGGACAUUGAAGAGAUCGCCAAGUGUGUUCGGUUUGUGCGCGACUACAAAGCCGAGUCGGAGUUGGAGUCGGAGCCGGGCAAGGUCGUGAUAAUGGGCCACUCCACCGGCAGCCAGGACGUUCUCCAUUAUCUGUGUUCUGAGAACCCAACACCGUACAGAGCCUCGGGACCCAAAGAUAAGCUCGAGCAUGUGAUACGCCCAGAGGUGGACGGGGCGAUCCUUCAAGCCCCUGUCUCCGAUAGAGAAGCCCUCAUGCGCUCGAUUCGAAAUGGUACAGCCACCUGCACACCAGGCCAAGUCGCCGGUGAUUACGGCCUGCUCGUGGAUUUUGCGAGGAGGCAACCGUUCACUCCCGACGGCAUCAAUGCAGUGCUCCCCUUGAACAUGACAGCCAAGCUGGGCUUUCCAGAAGAUACCCCUCUGAGCAGCCGGAGAUUUUUCAGCCUGGCUAGUCCUGACAGUCCACAAAAACCGUCCGAGGACGAUCUUUUCAGUUCCGAUUUGACUGACGAACGGCUGCAAAGGACGUUCGGAGCAAUCGCCAAACGUGACUUGUUACGGUCGAAACUCCUGGUGUUGUAUUCGGGCAAAGACGAACAUGUCCCCGACUGGGUGGACAAAGAGGCACUCCUGCAGAGAUGGGAGAGCGCGUCAGGAGACAAAUGGGGAGAAGCCCCGACUCAAGAGCUUGUCGACAAAGUCAUUGAGUAUCUGGCUCGUAUUUAGGCGGGCUUGGGCAAGACAACUACCACUGGCCUUUUUCUCCUCAUUACCUAUGACAACGCAUGGAUUUUUUUUGAUGUAAGUCGCUGCCUUGGGAUAUGACAGACUCCUCUCGGGAAUUCUUUUUUCAACAUACUAUACAUAAUAGAUGGCACAGAAAAUCCAAAAUCAAGGGAAUUUAAAACCAG